AUGGCCGAAGCUAAGCAACAGUUUGAGUCGCUCUCAUUGGAGUUCAACCAACAGCAGAACAGCUUGAACGAGCUCAUCACCGCUAGAUCUCAAUUGGAGACCCAGUUCCAGGAAAACAAGAUCGUACUCACUGAGUUUGAGUCUUUGAAUGAAGACUCCAAGAUCUACAAAUUGACAGGUCCCAUUUUGCUUCCUCAAGAUUACAGUGAAGCUAAGAUGAAUGUAUCUAAGAGAAUCGAGUUUAUAGAGGGAGAGAUUUCGCGAGUUGAAACUAAGAUCUCCGACGAGGAAAAGGCCAUGGAGGCUACCAGACAGAAGUUGUUGGCUAUUAGAGCCCAGAUGGCCUAG